UGCUGUGGUAUGAGAGGAAUAAACCCAUUCAGGAUGUGCUGAAAGAACAACGCGGAUUGUUUUCAUGCCCAGGCUGUUUUAUUCCUUAAUUAGUGUCUUUAUUUAGGACAAAACUCAAGAUCUGUUUACGUUUUGUGAAAUUAAUUGACUGACAGCAUUCCCGGGAACUUGAGACUGGACAAGUUAUACCCAUUUAAAAUCCUUUUGGUGGCCAUUUUGGUGAAUGUUGUUUUUAUAUUAACCUUCGGCACCGUUAUAAAGUGUGUUGCAGCGCAGGUAGCGGUCCAGCCGCAGUACCCGGAUGAGACGUCAGCAUCUGAUUUGUCCAGACCUUCACGGAAGUGGAUUACAAAUAGCACAUUCAGUCGUAACUUCUUUUCAUUUUUGAAAACUGUGCGUUUAAAUGACACGUUUCCAGCACAGAGGCUAAUCCACAAGUGAGUCGAUUCACGAACCGAAUCUGAGAAAGAGAUUUAACGGAGCUGAGUUUAGCUGGCGCUCCACCGGAAGUGGUCGACUGUUUACGCUCCUUUUUGUCCCAGCGGUGUAGCCGUAGGAGCGACAGCGAGCCUGCCUGUGAGACAUGCUGAAGGGGGACGGAGGACAGGGACAGACAGGAAGGAGGAUGGACACGCAGCCUGAGCCGUAUACACCGGUGCGGUGUCACUGGUUCUACAAGCAGACGGCGGACGGCAGAGACUCGUGGAAACCGUUCAGUAGCGAAGACUCGCAGAGACUGGAGGAGGCUCACACACACGGUGGUGAUGAUGAGGUGGUGGUGGCCACAGAGGGCAGGCGUUAUGAUGUGAGAUUAAAGGAGCGACGUCGUUAUGCCGUUUAUUGGGAUCAGGCUCCCUCUGAAGUGCGCAGAUGUUCCUGGUUUCACAAAGGCAGCAAGGAGAUGAACUUCACUCCCUACACCGAGGAGAUCAGUGACCUGCUGGAGGAGCACUACAUGAUCUCUGUGUCCCUCAACGAGUGGAAAAGAAACUUGGAGCUGCCGACAGGGGAAACGGUCAUCCUUCACAACCCAAAGCUCAUUACCCAGCACCUGAACUUUUCCUUGGACUGUCCUCCGUCUCCGAGCGAAAGAACACAACCCAGAACACUAAAGAGAGGAGUGGAGAAUAUUUUGGUGGAAAUCCCACAGGGAGAACCAGACACUGUGGAUCACCUGGUGUUCAUGGUUCAUGGCAUUGGGCCGGCGUGUGAUCUACGUUUAAGAGGAAUCGUGCAGUGUGUAAAUGAGUUCCGCAGCGCUGCCCUCACUCUCACCAAAAGGCAUUUCAGCUGCAGUGAUGACAACAAAGCAGUCGGUCGAGUGGAGUUUCUGCCUGUUAACUGGCACAGAGUUCUACAUGGAGAAACCACAGGGGUCGACAGAGAUAUGGAGCGGAUCACUUUGCCCAGCAUCAGGGGCCUGCGCCAGUUUGCCAAUGACACUGUGUUGGACCUGUUCUUCUACAACAGUGCCACCUACUGUCAGACCAUUGUGGACACGGUAGCUUCAGAGAUCAACCACCUAUACAGCAUCUUUCUCCAAAGAAACUCACAAUUUACUGGAGCCGUGUCAGUGGCAGGACACAGCCUGGGUUCAUUAAUCCUCUUUGACCUCCUGACCAAUCAGAAGACAGGAGCAGACAGCACCAAUGCAGCACAGGAUGGACAGCAUGAUGAAGACAUGGGCUCUUCCUCUGUGUCAGAUUGCACUUCCUGUGAGAGUCUAGACCAGGCACUAAUGAGCAUCGGCUUGGAGGAACAUCUCAGAAUCCUCCAGAAGGAACAAAUCGACAUGGAGUCUCUGAUGCUGUGCUCUGAGAGCGACCUGAGAGAUCUAGGAAUCCCACUUGGCCCUUGCAAGAAGAUUAUGAACUGUGUGAAGAAAUGGAAGCACAGAUCUGUGGCCCACACCGGAACACAUUCCUCUCAUACAGAUGAGAGAAAUUCUCCUGAAAUUCAGAGUCUCAUCCGAGAGAGUCGGCCGAAAACUAGCGCCAUUGACUACCAGCACUUCGAUGUGGGGAUUGGACAGGUUUCUAUUAAUUACCCACAGCUCAGCUUCCACCCCCAGGCCUUCUUUGCCUUCGGCUCUCCUAUUGGAAUGUUCCUGACCGUCCGAGGCCUGAAAAGGAUCGACCCCAACUACAGCUUCCCCACCUGCAGUAGCUUCUACAACAUCUUCCAUCCUUUUGAUCCGGUGGCGUACAGGAUCGAGCCCAUGAUUUUGCCUCCAGAUGUGGAGGUAGCACCCAUGCUGAUGCCCCAUCACAAGGGCAGGAAGAGGAUGCACCUGGAGCUGAAGGAAGGUCUGACACGCGUCGGCUCAGACCUGCUGGGGUCUUUACGGACAGUCUGGCAGAGUUUCCAACUUCCUGCCCCGGCGCUGGCUGAGGGAAAUGACAUGGCUACAGCAGUGUGCACAGCCGAGGAAAUGGAAACCUCACCACAGGAACAGGAGGAGAAAAAAAUGAUCCAGGUGGGGAAGCUGAACGGUGGCCGGCGUAUCGAUUACGUCCUUCAAGAGAAACCGAUCGAAAGCUUUAACGAAUAUCUGUUCGCCAUUCAGAGUCACCUGUGCUACUGGGAGUCGGAGGACACGGCUCUGCUGGUUCUCAAGGAGAUUUACGGGAAUGGUGAUUGCAAAUCUCCUCAGCAGUAGAGAACCCAACCCACGGGGUUGUCUGUAAUGAUAAUGUUAUGUGUGAUCAUAACUUCGUACACAGCCAAAAAUAAGCAACGCUCAUUCUCCAUGUUCAGGUUUACAUACGUAACCUUUUAAAGACGCAGUUUGUAAUUACACAGGCCUGUAAUUACUGCAUUUCAAAGAUGCCUGUGAUUUGUCAUAUUGCCAUGCACUGGCUAGUUUCUUCAUUAGAUAGAUAGAUGAUGAUGUACUUUAUUACAGGCUUCUAUGUAUGUUUUCUGGCCCAGAAUUGGCUCCGCCCCCAGCCGUUACAGAGCUGCUCAACCCUGCCUUUUUUUUUUUUUUUUUUUUU